AUGAAAAUCCCUCAAUAUUUUGUCCCGUGGUUCCAUGUUGUUUUUGCUUUAACUUCUUGCUUUAUAGCCGCUGGUGUAUCUUUAGAUUAUGUGCUAUCCGUAAAUGCCAUUUCGUUAUCUCCACACAGUUACGAAUCAUUACAAGUUUCAUCAACUUCAGCUUCACCAUCUCCAUCUCCACUUUCACCACUGCCUCCAAUUCCUUUGAUCCCACCUUCUCUGUCUCCGUCUCCGUCUCCGCCUCCACCUCGAUCAUCUCCACCUCCACCUCCAUCGCCGUCUGUCUCUCCGUCUCCAUCUCCAUAUCCAUUUCAAUACCCACCUCCACCUCCAUCUCCAUCCCCACCACCUUCUAUGCCUCCAUCUCUGUCUCCGUCUCCGUCUCCGCCUCCAUCUCCGCGUCCACCUCGAUCAUCUCCACCUCCACCUCCAUCGCCGUCUGUCUCUCCAUCUCCAUCUCCAUAUCCAUUUCAAUACCCACCUCCACCUCCAUCUCCAUCCCCACCACCUCCUCCCAGAUAUAGAUCACCUCCACCUCCAUCUCCAUCCCCAUCACGUCCUCCCAGAUAUAGAUCACCACCUCCACCAUUACUAUCUCCACCACCUCCGCACCACUACAAACCACCACCACCUCGAUCAUCUCCACCUCCACCACGUCAUUUUAAGCCACCACCACAUCAUUUUCCUCCACCGCGACCGCAUUAUUUUAGGCCACCACCACCUCAAUCUUUAUCACCACCUCGACCACGUCAGUCUAAAUCACCACCAUCUCCAUAGAACUAAAAUUCACCUCCGGCACCAUAUCCACCAUCUCCAUCUCAGCCACCUCCUCGUUCCUAACAUUCACCUUUUAUAUCAUCUCGGUUUAAAGUUAUAAAUCUACCGUCUUAC